AUGAUUGCGCCUCCUCGACGGUACUGCGUUAUCGCUGUCGUCGUGUUAAUCUUUGUCUUCACAUUUCUUUAUUCCGCCCAGCCCUAUAAUAAGCCGCUAUCUCACAAGAAACAUCCAAAGGUGCCCCAGCAUGCAAAGGUACCGCAUAGGUCUUCGAAACCUACUUUGCGCCGUACGAUUAGAUCGCUCUUUCGCUCGAUAAGGCUUAGUCCAACACAGCCUGAAUACCACGAUGAGAAGGGGAACAUUUUCCCUGGGGCACCUUUCGACAAGGCGACAUGGAAGAAGCCUUUUGGUAAGAGACUGCUCAUUGUCGACAUCGAUACACGUGUACCGACGGGCGACAACCAAAUCUUGAAUCCGGAUAAGAAGAUAAACUGGGAUGACCUCCAGAUGGACGGCGCAGGCUACGUGUCGAACGCCAUUUCCAAUCAUUAUUUAUACGCCAUGAUUCACGGAUACGAUUACAAGUACUAUCAGGCGCUAAGCAUGCCCGAUCACUACGCCACAUGGAUCCGACCGCAUAUAUUCAAAGAGCUUCUGCCAGACUACGACUUUGUCGUUGCUAUGGACGCCGAUGCAGUUGUCUCACACCUCGAGGUUCCUCUUGAAUGGCUGUUCAACCGAUGGAAUAUUACAGAGAACACUUCUAUGGCACUCCCCCACGAUACCCAGCAGUACAGAGACGGCAAAUCUAUGAGCACAGAUAGCUACGGUGUUCCGGUUCUGAACGGAGGAUUCGUCAUCUCCCACAAUAACAACCUCACCUUUGACAUGCUGUCUGCAUGGGGCAAUUGUACGACCGAAACGCGAUAUCCCGGAUGCGGACAGUGGAAGGACAAGUGGAGCCACGAGCAACGCGCCUUCUCCGAAUACAUCCGGUGGGAUCCAGAAUUCAACAAGACUGAGGGCUUCGUUACUGCUAUUCCAUGCGACGACGCCAUGGGCUGGCCAGGUUUCAAGGAACUUGCAGAAGAACGAGGCGAGCAUGGAAUCACCGACUGCAAGGGCAACUUCGUCCGGCAUUACACGAUUGGCAAGGAGUUCGUCAAGCCAGGGGGCAGCCAAAUUGUGAUGCAGGCCUUGACUGAAGUGAUGCAGAAGAACCUCGUCAGCCACCAAGACACACUUAUCGACAAGGAACUGCAGUUUCAUUGGUACAGUGGGAUUUUACAUUGGCCGGGCAAGAAGACUGAGAAGAUCGAUCCUGCAUUGGCCGAGGACGAAGAUUGGGAAGAAGAGGAGGACGAUGAGGCCGAAGAGGUGGAGGAGCCAGAAACAAAGGAAGCGAAGACGAAAGACGAAAGACGAUGA